AUGUUCCGCUUUGCUCAUGACGAUUGCCCCGGUGCGAAUGUCCCACAAGACUGUGUAGCUCUUCAGGAUAGACGGUACGUAUUGAUACUGUUUACGAGCUCAUCUCACCCUGGACGACACAGGGACACAUCAUGCGAUGAAGCCUUUUUCUGGCUCUCGUCUGAUCGGUCCACUCAAUUUGACGGUAAUCAACCGCCUCUCUAUGUGUUGUCGAUGCGCUCACUGGAUCAGGAAGCAAGUUCGAGCGCCAAGCACGGGCUGAAAUUCGACGAAGCGUUGGACUGUGCCCAUCACAAACAAAUCACGGAUGGCGUGAUGAUGGUGCAACCGACUCGGCCACUCUUCAAGCUCGAGCGUGCGACGAGGGUGACACUUGUUUUUCUCUAG